AUGUCCUAUAAUCUCCCCAACCCGUCGUUUAUUGGGAUUCUCCUCGCAGUUAGCACACACAAUGGGCCUCAGAUAGCGUUCAGCUACCCAGAUGACCUCUCACUGCGACAGCUAGUUAGCCGGACAGCCGAUGAAGAAAGUCGCUCAGAAGACGACGAUUUUGACGACGAGGACUUCGACGCGGCUAGCUCGGAUGAAUUCGAAUACCUCGCGGGCGAGAACCAAUUUCUGAAAGCCGAAACCAGCCACUUGUGGGAUCCAAGCCACCCGAACUACUACUUGGGCACGAAAAACGACCUCAUGACGUUCCUCACUGCUCGCGAAAGUUACCGUGACUCCACGGAACAAUUGGAUGGUACAAACCCCCCGGUUAAAAGCGGAUUGAGCAAGAGGACGGCAGACAGCGGCUUCAAGGCAAAGGAUACAGCCUCCAAAUCGGGCAUAUCCAAGCCAGGUCAGAUUCUCGGCCUCGAGCCUGAUCAAUUGGGCGAGAUGCUUUGUCCGCCUCGUGCGAUGUGCAAUCGCCGCUUUGAUGUGAUGCUUGAGAACGUGGUUUUCUUGGGCCUACCGGUCCAUGUAGACACGAACGGGUCUUGGCGGGCCAAGAAAAACAGGCCCGCUGCCACCGGAACCGCCACAGCAAGAAGCGAGCGCCAGGAUCUGACAGAAUCGCUGCGCGCCGGCACUGCCAUGAGCAUGUUUCAUUUAGUGUUUGUGAUGUCCCCACCAGACAUCGAGCGAAACUAUCGCGUGGACGAAAUGUUUUACAACGUGACAUCUAAGCUCUCUCUCAUGUUGCGGUACGAGCAGCAGAAGAACGACUUUGUGUGGCUCCAAGUACGCAUGAUUCUGAAGUUGAAAGAUGAGUUUCGUGCAUCCGCCGAGCUUAAGGAAACUACGUCUAUGACAGCACAUCUUCUCGCAAAUCUGCCACUCUGUAGAAUGAUGGCAGAGUGUCACAUGGCAAUAUCAGCCUCUCAGAUCGCCAACCUAAACAUCAAUGGCAAGCCCCGGUCAUUCCAAAUCCCGAUGAAGACGGAAUUUCACUCCUUGCCUGAGCCUACUGUCCCGUACAUCCCUGGCUCGUGCCUCCUGUCCACAAUCAACUGUCUUGGUCGUGCAGGCUUAGUGAAUGUCGGUGAAACUACUCGGUAUAGCAACACUAACCUCAUGGAGCUUUUGCUCGGGUUAACACCCAACGGUUCUGAUCCAAACACCGCCGAGGACGAUGACGACGGUAUUAAUGCAAACCCCGAUGAUAUUGUGCAUCUAGCUCUUCUUCUCUGUGACGACCCGGAAGUCAUCAUCAAAGACAUCAAGGCCGAGACUCACUCGGCCCUAGCUCGAUUUGUACACAUGAUAAGACCCACCGAGUCACUCCUUAAAAUUGCCAAUUCCCUUAGACUCCACGCAGGUGCCUCGGCGCAAUUAAGCGUCGCAGAGAUCAAGUCUUUAGCACUCCAUUUGGUCUACUGGAGACGUGCCAGGGUGAUUCCUCCCCUCAACACCAGGGGGAUCUACAUCGUAUCUCCUAUGGCUCCCAUUAGUACAAAUUUUCACAGGGACAUUGUAAAGUUCAAUGAACAGUUUCCCACCGUGCCCUCGCUCCCGCUGUUUCUCCGACUUCUCUCCACCAGGUCCAGAAAACCCAGACAGUUUGCAUCUAUCAUUCCCUCACGCGAUCACAAAGACAUGUACAUUUCAGCGCUUGCAUGGCUAGUCAGGUUCGGAUAUGUGACCCAGUUGCACACGUACAUCUGGCUCAAGGUGCUGAAAAAAGUCAAAAUGAAAGUCGAAGAGGAGCUCGAGGAAGAGCUUGGCAAGGCACCGAAACGAAAUGCGGAUGGUUUGCGUACUAAGAAAAUCUUUGCUGUCGACAAUAAGAUGCACCUGGCAGUCGACAACUCUUCGAAGCAAACCGGCCCGCUGGAAAAAGCAACACAUCCGGAAUCGCUGGAAUCGGUCGAGGAGGAAAUUGAUAAACUCCAGAAAAGAUUUGAAGCUCACAAUUCCAUACCCGACCUUGUUCUUGAGGACGACGGCGACACUAUUCUCGUCGAUCCUGGAAGAGCGUCCUCCCUCGAGCGCAGAUGGAUUAACAAGAUCAUAUAUGAAGAAUGUGGUCUCUCUUCAGAACUCACCGCUGUGUUCUAUAAACUAUUGAAGUACAUGAACGGUCAGAAUUCAUUAGAGUUGCUUCUUCUACGGGAAAACAUUUCUAGAAGUGAGCUUCGCAAAUUGCUCCUGGAAAUUGACGAGUACGUUAUCUCUGUACGCCAUUGGUGA